UGUUAGAGUUAGAGGGUUUAGUCACACUCUCAUUCUCGUUUGUGUUUUUGAUUGGCGGAGAAUUGGUGAUAGAUAAGCUUCUUCUUCCCUCUUCUCAACUUGGUGGAUCUGUCAUCGAUGGCCUCUUUGAUGCUCAACGGGGCCAUUACCUUCCCCAAAGGUUUAGGUUCCCCUGGUUCCAAUUUGCAUGCCAGAUCGAUUCCUCGGCCGACCUUACUCUCAGUUACCCGAACCUCCACACCUAGACUCUCGGUGGCUACUAGAUGCAGCAGCAGCAGCGUGUCGUCUUCCCGGCCAUCGGCGCAACCUAGGUUCAUUCAGCACAAGAAGGAGGCUUACUGGUUCUACAGGUUCUUAUCCAUCGUAUACGACCAUGUCAUCAAUCCUGGGCAUUGGACCGAGGAUAUGAGAGACGACGCUCUUGAGCCAGCGGAUCUCAGCCAUCCGGACAUGCGAGUGGUCGAUGUCGGCGGCGGAACUGGUUUCACUACUCUGGGCAUAGUCAAGACAGUGAAGGCCAAGAAUGUGACCAUUCUGGACCAGUCGCCACAUCAGCUGGCCAAAGCAAAGCAAAAGGAGCCGUUGAAAGAAUGCAAGAUCGUCGAGGGAGAUGCUGAGGAUCUUCCUUUUCCAACCGAUUAUGCUGACAGAUACGUUUCUGCUGGAAGCAUUGAGUACUGGCCGGACCCGCAGAGGGGAAUAAGGGAAGCGUACAGGGUUCUCAAGAUCGGUGGCAAAGCGUGUCUCAUCGGCCCUGUCUACCCAACCUUCUGGCUCUCUCGCUUCUUUUCUGAUGUCUGGAUGCUCUUCCCCAAGGAGGAAGAGUACAUUGAGUGGUUCAAGAAUGCCGGUUUCAAGGACGUUCAGCUCAAGAGGAUUGGCCCCAAGUGGUACCGUGGUGUUCGCAGGCACGGCCUUAUCAUGGGAUGUUCUGUCACUGGUGUUAAACCUGCCUCCGGUGACUCUCCUCUCCAGCUUGGUCCAAAGGAAGAGGACGUAGAGAAGCCUGUCAACAACCCCUUCUCCUUCUUGGGACGCUUCCUCCUGGGAACUCUAGCAGCUGCCUGGUUUGUGUUAAUCCCUAUCUACAUGUGGAUCAAGGAUCAGAUCGUUCCCAAAGACCAACCCAUCUGAUCCUUCUCUUCUAGGACAUGAUCAUUGUAUCAUUGUAAACCCCUCUUGUGGUAAAGAAAGAUUCGAGUCCUAUCUAUGAACAUGCGGAAUAUCAUUAACCUUCUUUCUUUACAUGUAUUACUAGAUUUUCAUGUUGAGAUAUCUAUGCUACUUGUUCGAUAAAUUUUCUACAAACUUCGAUUCCCAAACUCAAUUCUGCCAACAUAUAUCAGUCUCAAUUUGAUCAA